ACAAAAUCUGGGGACUUGAAGAAUCUUGAACUCCUUGUAAUAUGGUCAUAAACUCGAACUGAUCAGUUAUGAAGGAGAAGAAGAGUGGAAAGUGUGAUUUCAGCUGUUUGAGAAAGGUAAAGAUAAUCUAUGAAGAUCCAGAUGCAACAGAAUCUGAUACAGAUGAAGAUUUUUCCUGUCCUCAUGGAACAAGAAGAAGAAGAAGCUCUUGUCGAAUUGUCAAGGAGGUGAUCAUUCCUUUCCAAGAAAAACCAAAAAUCAAAGACAAUGGCAUAUCGGGUAGUCGAAAAGAACCGAUUUUGCAUCUGCCCAGAGGUGUUAGAAGAAGGGCAUGGGGGAAAUACGCGGCGGAGAUCAGAGACCCAAUAACAAAGAAGAGAGAAUGGCUGGGCACUUUUGUCAAUGCCGAAGACGCAGGCCGUGCUUAUGCCACCAGAAAGGCAGAAAUCGAAAGAAUCAUUAAAAAAAAUAAUAAUAAUCUUGCUUCAGAAAAAAAGAGACAGAAUUGUUCAAGUUCCUCAUCAGAAAGUACUGCCAAUGUGAUGUCCUCUUUGAUGGGUCAAGAACUCAUCUUCUUUGGCUUGGAGGAAAGUGCCAGAGAUGGCAAUGACUUGAAAAGCUUGGGCUUUGAUGAUCAUAACACUAAUGUCUGCGAUUCGCCUGCAAAGCUAUGGGAUUUCAGCGAUUGUUUCGCACUCUUCGAUCCUGAAGAGAUUUUUCAGUGCAGUGAUGAUGGUUCAGAAGAGAUGAUGGUGAUGGAUUGUUUAUGGCACGAAGAACGAACCACGGAACUCAGUGCAGAAGAGCUUCAAUGGCUGGAUGAGGUGAUCAUAACAGAGCAGUGACAUUUUCUGUAGGUGUCCUUUGGGAUCUCAAGUCAUCAGGGUAGUACAUAAUAAUCAAAUGACACACAGUUCAUAUAUAUAUGGAAUUUUUUCUCCUUUUUUGUUGAGUGCAAAAUCAAGUUUUUUUUUUGCCAUUUUGAAAAAGAUUACAGUAGAGUUGAAGGCUUAUAUGUGUAUCUUGUUGGAAGGUUAAGCUAUAAUAGACAUGUGAAUGGAGAAUUUUGUCUUGUGGUACUUUUCAAUGUGAUUUCCCUUGUUUUUAGUUGGAAUAGCGAGUAUUACUCAAUAAGAACUUUAUUUUUUG